ACAUUUGAUUAGAGCCUAAAACGCAGCGGAGUGAAAACAGGAGUUUGCCUUUGUUUUUAAUAUUUAUAGAAAUAAAAAUAAAAAUAAAAAAUCCGCAUGUAUUCCGAAGGGCAGAGGCGAGGAAGGAUGAGCGAUGGAAAACGAAAGAAUGGAGGAAAACAGAGCUCGGUGAUUGUACAGGUGUCGCCCGGAAUCGAGAAAAGGGCAUCCAUUUUCUACAAAUUUCUGCUUACGAGGGCGAGAGAGGAGUGAGGGCGUCGGAAAGAGGGAGACGACGUCAAAAGCGGAAACAAACAGGGCGUCAACAUCCAAAACUAGGUAGUAUAGUGCGCCAUGCGGAGACAGCGCGGACGCAAGCGCCUGUCACCAGUCGCGACGCAGAAGAGGGAGCAGCAGUACAAGCUCUGCGGCUUCCUCCAUGCGAGUCUUGCAGUUAACGUUUCAUGUCGCGAUUUUACGGGCUCCGAAUGCUUCUUCGACGGGGAGGGCGCUGAUCUUUGCCUUCGCACAGAGGCCGGGGUGACGCUUCUUCUAACUGCAUCUUCGGAUGACGCGAUCCGUCAGGAAGGCGAAAGCCCUAAGCCUGGAGGCGUCACGGAGACUGUGGUGUGUGUUGAUGGUAAUGGUAAGAAGAAUAAAUGUUCAGGGAUGAAGAGGAGGAGAUCGGGGUUGGUGAAGGGGAGCAGGAGCAUAUUGCAUGAGCUGCAGGCACUGGUGAGCAAGAGGCUCGUACAGGUCAAGGGUUUGGUGGUCGGGGUUUCGAAUCCCAGGGACGGGGAAUUCAGGGCAGUCGUGCUUUUCGAUGUUUAUCUGCCGCUCGCAUUGUGGUCGGAUCCUCAGUUCUGGAGGCCCGGGUCCACACCUGCCGCCGUACUCAGCCAUUUGAGCUGUGACUGGGGAACCCGGAGCAAGUCAAUUUUAGCAGUUAAAAACCAGCAAGCAUAUUUUCAAGGAGAUGAUCAGAGCAUGUGGAACCCUGGUGAAUGUCAUGUUCUUGGGUGUGAACUGCAUUGCAAGUUAUCGGAGUCCAAAAAGCGGGCAGUUUUUGAUCUUCAUGAAGUUUUUAAGAGCUUGCCAACUCUUGACCAUGGAAGGAAGCACUACUCUACAUCAAUCAAAUUUGCAAAACCUUCAAAAGGACCAGGCAUCUGGGAUGUUCCUCAUGAUGUUUUAACUGCUGUGUUAAGUAGACUUAUGCCAAGGGACCUGUUCUCAGUUUCUGCAACAUGCCACCAUUUAAGGUCAUUGGCUGUGUCAAUCAUGCCUUGUAUGAAUGUUAAACUUUUUCCUCAUCAGCAGGUUGCAGUUGAAUGGAUGCUACAACGUGAGCGUAGCACUGAGGUCAUGACACAUCCUCUUUAUCGUGAUAUGGUUACUGAAGAUGGUUUUCAAUUUUAUAUUAAUUUAGUUUCAGGUGAAGUAUCACCGGGGAUGGCUCCUACAGUAACAGGAUUUAGGGGUGGAAUGUUCUGUGAUGAACCUGGCCUUGGUAAAACAGUAACAGCCUUGUCACUUGUCCUUAAGACUCAGGGGACAUUGGCCGAUCCACCUGAAGGUAUGCAGGUAAAAUGGUGUGACCACAGUUCGGGUCAAAAAUAUGGUUAUUAUGAAAUUAGUGCAAGCAAUUCUUCAGCAGGUCGUAUCAUGUCAAUGUGGAAUAAGUGCAUGACACUUAAUGCUCGACGCAACCAAGUUUAUACAGGUUCUGAUUUUCCAGUUGAUUUUUCAAAAGGAAAUUUGGAUUCUUCCUUCUCUACCCCUCCAUCAAAGAGGUCAAGGUUGACAGCUUCAAUGCCCCACACUGGUUCAGUAAACUUCAUGAGGGAUAUGUUAACUCCCUUUUCAUCCUUUAAUCUUAAGCAGUCUUUUUCAACAGCUCCAUCUGAUCGAUAUACUAGGAGCUUAAGCCAAAUCAAGAGAAAUCUGCUAGCAACAUUUGAGGAACCUUCUACAUCUGGCACUCAUGAGGAUGGAAGGAGGGCUAGACGGCAGGAGAGAUCACAUACAGAUAGUUCCUCCAGACUUAACGACCUGUCCAAACCACAAAGGUGGUCAUCCCGUAUCAAUAGCAAAAGGAGGAAGCACAAAUCUUCUACUAUGAAUGAAAGUGAUGAGACUUGGGUACAGUGUGAUGCCUGCAGCAAGUGGCGGAAACUGCCCUCUGGAAGUGGACGACCAGAUGACAGCCUUGCAUGGUUUUGUAGUAUGAACAGGGAUGUACUACGACAAAAUUGCUCAGCGCCAGAAGAAAAUUGGGAUACUAGCAGGUCUAUUACAUCUAUGCCGGGUUUUCACAGUCAGGGGACAUCACCUGGACAGGAACAGAAUAUAUGUUUCUUUACGAGUAUACUCAAGGAAUAUGCUUCAUUGCUCAACUCAGAAACAAAGCAAGCAUUGACUUGGCUAGCAAAUCUCACCACUGAAAAACUCUCAAAGAUGGAAACCACAGGUGUUACACUUCCUCCAGGUUUAAGGAUGGUUUCAGUGUCCGGACAAGAUUUGCAUGGUUAUUAUAAAAUAUUUCAGGCAUUUGGCCUUGUACAAAGAAAGGAAGGGAAGGGCAUUACUAGAUGGUGUUAUCCUCGUGGUCUGCUUGAUCUUGUAUUUGAUGUUUUGGCUCUGAAAAUUUCUCUAACCAGGCCUGUUGAUGUAGUUAGGCUUUACUUGUCUAGAGCAACUCUCAUUGUAGUGCCUGCAAAUCUAGUAGAGCACUGGAAAAACCAAAUUUUGAAACACAUAAGGUCUGGACAAGUGCGGUUGUUCAUUUGGGUUGAUCAAAGAAAACCCCCCCUUGCACACAACCUUGCAUGGGACUAUGACAUUGUGAUCACUACUUUCCCACGCUUGAGUGCAGAGUGGAGUCUUCGGGAGAGCAGUGUAUUGAUGCGUGUGCAUUGGCUGCGCGUCAUUUUGGACGAGGGUCAUACACUUGGUUCAAGUUUGAACCUUACAAAUAAGUUACAAAUGGCAAUAUCUUUGACUGCUUCCUGCCGGUGGCUAUUAACUGGUACGCCGAUGCCAAACACACCGAAUAGUCAAGUGGCUCACUUGCAGCCUAUGCUAAAGUUUUUACACGAAGAAGCAUAUGGACUUCAUCCAAAGUCGUGGGAGAGUGGCAUUCUUCGUCCAUUUGAAGCUGAGUUGGAGGAAGGUCGGUCACGCCUUGUGCAACUCCUCCAGAGGUGCAUGAUAAGUGCAAGGAAAGCAGAUUUAAAGAAUAUUCCUGCUUGCAUUAAAAAGGUUACUUUUCUUCAUUUCACAGAAGAACAUGCAAAAAGCUACAAUGAACUAGUAGUGACAGUUAGACGCAAUAUUCUAAUGGCAGAUUGGAAUGAUCCUUCUCAUGUUGAAUCUCUUCUCAAUCCAAAACAGUGGAAGUUUCGUAGCAACACCAUUCGAAAUGUGCGUCUAUCUUGCUGCGUUGCAGGCCACAUAAAGGUAAAAAAUGCAGGUGAGGAUAUUCAAGAAACCAUGGAUAUCCUUGUGCAGCAAGGCUUGGAUCCUUCAUCGGAGGAGUAUGUUAUCAUAAAGCAUUGUCUUCUUUGUGGAGGAAAUUGUUUCAGAUGUCAGGAAUGGUGCCGGCUACCAAUUAUUACACCAUGUAGGCACUUGCUAUGCCUUGACUGUGUUGCUCUUGAUAGUGAAAAAUGCACCUUGCCUGGUUGUACUUAUUCAUACAAGAUGCAGAGUCCAGAAAUAAUGGCUCGUCCUGAAAAUCCAAAUCCAAAAUGGCCUGUUCCUCAAGACCUUAUUGAGUUACAACCAUCUUACAAUCAGGAUAGUUGGGAUCCUGAUUGGCAUGCAACAACAAGCAGCAAAGUUGCUUAUUUAGUUGAAAGGUUAAAAUCAUUGCGUGAUAUGAACAGACAGAUGGGUUAUUGUUUAGAUAACAAGGAUCUUCCGAAAGACAUGGAAGAAGUCUCUGAGCAUAAAAUCAUUAAUUUUGUCGACCAAAAUAUUUUAGGCGAAGCUGCUGAAUUAUCAGAGAAUAGCCAUAGGAAAUUGCCAGAGAAAGCAAUAAUUUUUUCCCAGUUUCUUGAGCACAUACAUGUUGUUGAGCGACAGUUGACAGGUGCAGGUAUUGGAUAUGUUGGGAUGUAUAGUCCAAUGCAUUCUAGUAACAAGGUUAAAUCAUUAAUAACAUUUCAAAAAGAUAUAGACUGCAUGGUUCUUAUAAUGGAUGGAAGUGCUGCCCUGGGACUAGACCUGAGCUUUGUCACGCAUGUUUUCUUGAUGGAGCCUAUAUGGGAUAGAAGCAUGGAGGAACAAGUAAUUAGCAGGGCACAUCGCAUGGGUGCUACUCGACCGAUUCAUGUAGAGACAUUGGCUAUGCGUGGCACAAUUGAAGAACAAAUGUUGGAGUUUUUACAGGAUCCCGUGGAGCAUAGGAGAGCAAUCAAGGAUUACAUCCCUAACUUGAAUCAAGAAGGUCAGAAGUGCCAACGCACAUUGCAUGAUUUUGCAGAGAGCAAUUAUCUGGCCCAGCUUAGCUUUGUUCGAACUAAAGGUGCAACAUAAAGCAAGCACUGUAACAUUUUUUCCUAAAUGAUUCAUUUGACAGUAGUCCAGAAAAAUUUACUAUUGGAAUGGCAUAUUUGUGCUACUGAGAAUGGUUGCCAAAGGAGAACUUCGGCAUGUUUGCAAAUAGGAGGAAGCGCUAUCAUGAUGGUUAGUGCUUUAAACUUUCAGAGUCAAACCUUUAUGUUUAAGGUACGAAUUGAUGGGUGCAUUUUAACUCCCUGCAUUGACCAAAAACAAAUGAAGGGGCAUUGUGUAAGUAUAAUUAUUUCAUUGCAUGUUACUGGGUAUUUGAAGCUGAUUUAGUUGGCUCAUUAAAUGUUCCAAUUUUUGCAAGUUAGGAGUUGCUUUUAUUUGUGCAACUCCAUGAUUAAUUUUGUACAAGGCCAAUGGCACCUAUUUUUUGUUUAGAGCUUGACUAAAAUAGUACUCUAGAUUGAUGAUUUCAAUGGAGCUUGUUGAUACCAAAUUCCAGGGGCAUUUGAAAGGCAAAUUCUAAUUAAAAUUGACAAAAAAAUUGUUUCAAGUA